GAAGGAACCCGCUCCUUGUUCUCACUCCAAGCUGCACGCAGAGUCCACACACUGCAGAGUGACCGUGUAUCUCACUUCCAGAAAUGAUGGCCGCCUCCUGUGCCCUGUGGCUGGCCGUGGCCUCCUGUGUCCUGAGCCUGGUGUCCACACAGCAGCAAGAUUACAGAAAUCCCUUGGAUAUCAGUUCCUCCGGGCUGGACUUGGACCCCUGCCAGAAUUACGUCUCCCUGGACGAACCUUCCAGAAGCUCAGAGAACCAAGCAGUGGACUCUGGUGCAAGGUGUGACAGUAACUUGAGUGGCUGGUACCGCUUUGUGGGAGAUGGAGGAGUCAAGAUGGCUGACACCUGCGUCCCGGUGAAGCGCUGCCAGACAGAGGCACCCAUGUGGCUGAAUGGGACCCACCCAACCGUGGAGGAGGGCGUCGUCAGCCUCAGGGCCUGCGCACACUGGAGUGGCAACUGCUGCCUCUGGAAGCAGCAGAUCCAGGUGAAGGCCUGUCCUGGUGGCUACUAUGUGUACCAGCUGAAUGGCACCCCUGCGUGCACUCUGAGGUACUGCACAGACGCCUCCACCGCACAGAAAAAGUGUGAGCAGGACUGCCGCCCGGAGGAGGAGUGCACACUUCAGAACGGUGUCUGGGGCUGCUUCUGCAGACAGGAUCUCAACAGCACCGGUGUCGACGAUUUGCAGCCUCGUCUGGACUGUGGGGACCGUGAGAUCAAGGUGUCCCUGGACCGGUGUCACCUGAGCAGCCUCGGAUUUGGGGAUGAGGUCAGUGCCUACCUGCAGGACCGGAACUGCAGCAGCAUCAUGCAAAGAGAGGACAGGAACUGGAUGUCCGUGAUCAGCCCCGUUCAGGCUGCUGCUUGUGGGAACAUUCUGGAGAGAAACGAAACUCAUGCCAUCUACAAAAACACCGUCUCCUUGGUCAAUGACUUCAUUAUCAGAGACACCAUCCUCAAGGUCAGCUUCCAGUGUGCCUACCCACUGGACAUGAAAGUCAGCCUCCAAACUGCCCUACAGCCCAUCGUAAGUUCACUGAACGUCAGUUUGAGUGGGCAGGGAGAGUUCACUGUCAGGAUGGCCCUCUUCCAGGACCAGAACUACACGUCUCCUUAUGAAGGCGAUGAAGCCGUCCUGUUGUCUGUUAAGUCCAUGCUCUAUGUGGGCGCCAUCUUGGAGAGAGGGGACACGUCCCAGUUCAAGCUGCUCUUGCGGAAUUGCUAUGCCACACCCACCAAGGAUAAGAAAGACCCCGUGAAGUAUUUCAUCAUCAGAAAUAGCUGCCCAAAUCAGAAUGAUGCCACCAUCUAUGUGGCAGAGAAUGGGGUGUCCUCAGAAAGCCGGUUCUCGGUUCAGAUGUUCAUGUUUGCUGGGAAUUAUGACCUGGUUUAUCUGCACUGUGAGGUUCACCUGUGCGAUUCCACCAGUGAACAAUGCCAGCCGUCCUGCUCACAAAAUCGGCUCCGCAGUCAAGUGACAGCUCUCAAUCCAGCCAGGGUUCUGGAUUUGGGACCCAUCACCCGCAGAGGUGCCUCGGCCCUUGGCGUCAUGAGCAGAACCCCCAGCACUGCAGGCUUCAUGGCAGCCUGGCCCAGCCUCCUCGUCCCAGUCCUCCUGGCUCAGCUGUUCUGAGAACUCCGUUGGCCACCUGGCCUGGACACCGGUGUGCCCCCCACUCCCUCUGGUGAUGAUGGCUUCUGGUUCUCCCUCUAGCUCCUCCAGAUCACGAACAGGUUCUUCUCCCAUGGACCCUUGAGAGUAAACUUUCUCAAUGUCCUUGUGA